AUGUGGUUGACAAAGGAAAAGAGAGAACCUGUUGUGAAAAAGAGUAGUAAAAUAAGUCAGUUUGCUCUCUGCCUCGUUCCUCCGCCCCCAUGGAGGAAGUUUUAGGUUGCUAUGCUAACAUCCACUGAACCAAACUCCGGUAAGGCGAGAGAGGUGGAGGGAAAUAAUCUGCUGCUCUUCCUCACACACAUCCUCAAUGCCUAAUAAAACCCAGACUUCACUAUCGCGCGUCCCAGACAACUCCACACACCUGAGGCCAUUUUAAAACAUCUCCAUUUUGCAGUAAAUAAGAAGAAGAAGAAGAAUCGUUGGCAGUGAUGAGCUAUUUCUACUGUGCAACUUCCUGCUUUCGCUUACUUCAUAGCAGCUAUAAAUAGGUUUUCCCUCUAUUUUCCUGGCACUGGAGACUCCUUCCGCCACGUGGAAGAUUUCACUACAUGAAUGACUGAAGUGUCUUGAAAUGGUUUCAGCCUCAGGAUGGACUAUAACAGAACUUUGUGACAAACAAUGUUUCACCAUAAAACAUAGUCAAGUCUGGUUUCACCCCUGCUCUCGGACCCUCACCUGGAUGUAUAUAAGGGUCCAGAAUGUUUGCAUGUUUCCGGCGGAUCAAAAAAUGCCAACUCCGACAGCUGAUGAUGACGUGCUUCGUGUUGUCCGUGAUCAAGGUGUACUGGGAAAGUCUCGACAGGAACAUAACCAGUCAUGUCAAGUCCUAUUCAUUCCGUAUGCUCAGCAGCUUGGACUUUAUAAGCGCUAACCUCACAAUUAGCCACAAGGCAGCAAGGAAGUUCAGCGACCACCGUUACUUAAUAAACCACGAGCAGAAAUGCGUCGAUGAGGACGUGCUGCUUUUGCUGCUCGUCAAAAGCUCGCCGGAGAACUUUGAACGAAGGCAGGCCAUCCGGUCGACAUGGGGCAAUGAGGCCUACAUCCAGAGGAAUCUUGGUGUGACUGUGAGAGUGCUGUUUGCUCUUGGCGUCCACCCGCAACCAGAGGACAGGAAGAAGCUCGAGCACAGGUUGCUUGUGGAAGACGAAACGUACCAAGAUCUAAUUCAACAGGACUUUCUCGAUACCUUUCACAACCUCACUAUCAAGCUUCUCCUCCAGCUCAGGUGGACGCACACCUACUGCGAACACGCCCGCUUCCUCAUGUCCGCAGACGAUGACAUCUUCGUCCACAUGCCCAACCUGAUCCGUUACCUGCAGGAGGUCAACCGGACCGGCGUCAAAGACUUCUGGAUCGGUAAGGUGCACCGAGGCGCUCCGCCCAUUCGUAAGAAAGAGAGCAAGUACUACGUGUCUGAAGAGAUGUACCCCUGGCUCCUCUAUCCCGAUUAUACCCCCGGAGCCGGGUACGUCGUCUCCAGUGACGUGGCCUCUAGAGUCUACCAAGCUUCCCUCACAUUAAACGCCUCUAUUUAUAUCGACGACGUCUUCAUGGGCAUUUGCGGCAAUGCCAUAGGGAUCUCUCCUCAAGAACAUGUCUUCUUCUCGGGAGAAGGUAGAGCUCCUAACCACGUCUGCAUCUACAACCAAAUGAUGACGUCCCACGGGCAUGUCAAGGACUUCCACGAACUCUGGAAACUUGCAACAGAUCCUGUGGUGCAGCAGGUUUCUUCGGGACUUUUAGGAAAGCUUUACUGCACCGUAGCUAAAAUCAGACUCCUUUGCACAUUACAUACUAUAAACACCUACCCAUGUAAAGCAGCUUUUUUAUAGGGACUAGAUUAGUCCGACUCCUCUAGACCAACAACCUUUGUGCUGGAGAUCUGUAUGUCUGUACUUUCUAAAAAUACCGUUAUUUUUUAAUAAUUGCAUUUAUUUCCCUUGCAGAUUUCCUUGCAGUGUUUGUCUUGUUCCUUGCAUCUUUUUUUGUUUUUCAAACCCCUUGAGAGAAACCAAGCGUAGUUUUCUGAGCAGGAAUGUUUGUCACACCCACAUGUGUUUCUUCCCCAAACUAUUGCCACGAAAUAUGGUAGCGCACAAUAGAAAGUAUAGAACGUCUUUGUAUGCAUGUGGUUUUUUCCUUCAGUGGAACUAAGAGGCCCAAAGCCUUGUGCACAAAGCCUUGCUCCAUGAAGACAUGGGGUGGAGGACUGGAGUGGAAAAACCUGUAUGGUGUCCCAACUCAACCCUGACUGAACCUCAACCUCACUAAUGCUUGUGUAGUUGAAAGAACACACAAGAGUGGACCACAUGUGGGUGUGAUGGUCUGGGGUUGUAAAACCUUUCCCCGUAUAUUAAACCUUGAACCAAUUUGAAAUUUGAGAAGAUUUCAAGCUUCCGCACAGCAUCUCUGGAAAUUGUAGGAAGUGGUUAGUUCAGUGAUCGAAAGCUUCCCAGGUCCCUCGAUCACCAAGCUGCCACUAAUAGGCUCUGGUGCAAGGCCCCUAACCCUCAACUGCUCAGUUUUACAAAUAAUCAGAUAAACGUUAGUCACUCGGCGUAAGGGCGUCUUCCGAAUGCCAUAAAUGCAAACGAUUCAUUCCACAUACUGGUGUAGAGAAGUGUCACGGAUCUCGGGUCUGAAAAAUCACAUCCUGCUGAAAUCAAAUUGCCAUGACCUUACGAGUUCUCCUUUUGUUUGUGAAAGCCUGUUUUUGUAAUUGUAAAGUUAUUAAAUGUGUCCUCUUUAAAAAAAAAAAAAAAAAA